CAGCACAGGCAGAUGACAGCAGUAGCUGCAACAGCAAUCCGUGAGCUCCUACCAAGCCACGUUUGCUGCAGUCUGGUGCCUGCCACUUCCUUUUUCACAUCCAGCAAGAUUUCUCCGCAGCAACCGCUUGAAUCAGCCUCUUCACAGAAGCUUGUUGAAGGAGCAGCUGGCCAAAGAAUUUCAUCAUGACCGCAGUACUGCUUUCCUCUCUAUUUGGACCCUUUCUGGCUUUCUGAAUUUUGCAUUGCUGAUUUUUGGAGCUUCUCUUCUGCUAGCUUUCUCCUGCCAUCCCUUAAAAAAAAAUCCUACCAACUAUCAUUCACAUCCAAUUCUUUGCUGCAUCAGUAGCUCUCAUUAUGCUGCACACUAUACCCCAGUCUGUUUUUUGCCUCUGCUAGGCAGUGGCAGCAUGGAUGGUGCUCUUGUGACGACCUCUGCUGAGUCUAUCAGUCCACUGCGGAUAGGCAUGCUGAGUAAUCCUGCUGUAAAUGGGCGAGGACACAGACACACAGAAAAUUAACCACGGCUUUCUUCGAGACCACAACUAUGUGACUGAAGGACUGGCAUAGCAUGGGCGGCGGGAGCCAUGCAAGCUUCGCCACACUGCCAUGCCAAUGUGUCUCAACCCUCUUCUGAAGAAAGCACCUCUGGAGGUGAGUGGGAAGCUGACAUCAUUUCAACGGUUGAAUUCAACCACACAGGGGAAUUGUUGGCAACAGGAGACAAAGGAGGCCGAGUUGUUAUAUUUCAAAGGGAGCCAGAGAGUAAAAAUGACCCUUACAACCAAGGCGAGUACAAUGUUUACAGCACCUUCCAAAGCCAUGAACCAGAGUUUGAUUAUUUGAAGAGUUUGGAAAUAGAGGAAAAAAUAAACAAGAUAAAAUGGCUGCCACAGCAGAAUGCAGCCCAUGCUUUAUUGUCAACAAAUGAUAAAACUAUUAAACUGUGGAAGAUUACAGAACGAGAUAAGAAACCUGAAGGGUACAAUUUAAAAGAUGAAGAAGGAAAGCUUAAAGAUCUUUGUACAGUUACAUCACUUCAGGUACCAGUAUUGAAACCAACAGAUUUGAUGGUGGAAGUCACUCCCAGAAAAAUUUUUGCCAAUGGCCACACUUAUCAUGUCAACUCAAUUUCUGUCAACAGUGAUUGUGAAACAUACAUGUCUGCCGAUGAUCUCAGGAUUAACCUCUGGCAUUUAGCAAUCACAGAUCGAAGUUUCAACAUUGUAGAUAUAAAGCCAGCCAAUAUGGAGGACUUGACAGAGGUUAUUACUGCAUCUGAAUUCCAUCCUCAUCACUGCAAUCUCUUUGUCUACAGCAGCAGCAAAGGAUCUUUGAGGCUAUGUGACAUGAGGGCAUCAGCUCUCUGUGACAAACAUUUCAAGCUUUUUGAAGAACCAGAAGACCCGAGUAGCCGCUCAUUUUUCUCUGAAAUCAUUUCUUCUGUGUCAGAUGUCAAAUUCAGCCACAGUGGCCGAUAUAUGUUAGCUAGGGAUUACCUCACUGUUAAAGUUUGGGAUUUGAACAUGGAAACAAGGCCUGUAGAAAUAUACCAGGUUCAUGACUACCUUAGAAGCAAGCUGUGUUCCCUUUAUGAAAAUGACUGCAUCUUUGACAAGUUUGAAUGUGCAUGGAAUGGAUCUGAUAGUGUUAUUAUGACAGGGGCAUAUAACAACUUUUUUCGAAUGUUUGAUCGGAAUACUAAACGUGAUGUUACUUUAGAGGCCUCCAGAGAAAGUAGCAAGCCAAGAGCAGUUCUUAAACCUCGGCGAGUGUGUGUUGGAGGCAAGAGAAGGAAAGAUGACAUCAGUGUUGAUAGCUUGGACUUUACUAAGAAGAUCCUGCACACAGCAUGGCAUCCAACAGAAAAUAUCAUUGCUAUUGCUGCCACAAACAAUCUGUACAUAUUUCAAGACAAAAUGAACUCUGAAAUGCACUAGUAUUUCUGUUUAUAAACAAGCAUUUGGAAACGCAAUAGGUGCAAUCACUACUUGAGCUGGGAUACAGAACCUUUGACUUGGAAAUAAAUACCACUGAAUUUAGUGGAACAUGCUCUCCAAAAAGUGUCUGUAAAAUCAAUGUGUUCUGUGGGUGGAUUCACCAUUCUAACUACCACUACCCAUACCUCUGACAACCAUCAAAUGUCUCAAUUCACUGCAAAAGCUACAAAUAAAUUCUCUAUCAAGGAGAGGUCGCCUCUGCCCUAUUAAUCACUAAUUUUAUCUUAUUUUAUUUCCCAGACAUCUUAUUGAGUUUAUGCUCACAUUGGCCAUGUGGAGAAAAGUCCAAUGAGCCAUGGGCAUAAUAGCAAAAAAUAGGUUGACAACCACACAGGAAGAGCAUGCUCAGAAGUUUCUAAGAUAUGGGUACUUCUGGCAGAUUCUCAUUUCUUUAUUGUCUGCUUGUCCUCUGGCACCACAGGGAUUUUUGCUGCAGCACCAUCCUGGAAGGAGAUGCUGUUACCACCUUGUUUCUUCUUGGUGCUACCGGAAGAAUCCCCAUGGAUGCGCAAGAAAGAAAGAAAGAAAGAAAGAAAGAAAGAAAGAAAGAAAGAAAGAAAGAAAGAAAGAA